UACUACACAGAUGCACUACAUAUAAAAUAAACACAAUAUAAUUCACAUAAAUAUGAAGAAUGCUUAAGAAUACUUGAUGCAGCAGUAUAUAUAAAUACUUUUGAAUUUCAAUUAUACCAAACCUGGGUCGCUGUUUAAAUCCUGCUUAUAACACUAAUUAUAUUAUGAAUUUAUAUAUUGUAUAUAAGGUCAUAAUUUAUAGUUAUGCUGUAUGAAGUGAAGGAAUAACACCAACUAAGAGUGAUUAAUCUCUCUGCUACUGCAUUAAUGCGCUUGACCAACCUGCAGCUUUCAGAUGAAACAUUAACCAAUGUUCUGCUGACAUGGUGCAACUCCUGCGUUUUUAGCAGUGAUUAAUGAGCUUGUGGGAGACAGCUCUAUGUCCAUAUUAUAGGAAUCAUGCUCAGUCGUUGUCACAGGAACCACUGACUUUCACGAAGCCUGGUCAAACAUCCGUUUAAACCUACGGUGACCAAUAAGGACGACAAAAAACACCUCACAUGCGGAUCCUAAUCUUCUGCUUCACUUUGGAUUUUUUUCCACUGAGAGACUGACUUCUCAAUUCAUGCCUCUAUAUCGGGGCAUCUUAGAGCCAGGGUUUUCUCAUUCAUUUCUUAUACUUUUUAUUUCUUUUUAACAUAAUUGUUGGAUUUGUCAGCAAAAAUUAACAAUUAUUUAGAAUUUUUAGCGCAUGAUAAUGUCUGACCAUAAGAUUUAUUUCAACCUAGGAGUAUUAAGGGUUGGACAAAAUCCACGCUAGACUUAGUGUUAUCUGAUCCACAGUAGGAUCUCUGGGCUCUGUGUCUCUCAUGCUUGUGGGCAUACAUGGCUCAGCUCCAGGUCACAGGUGAGAGGUUCAGCUGGACCACUCUGCUGGCCCUGUCUCAGUUUACUUACUUGCUGUUAGGGGCCACUGUUUUCCAACUGCUUGAGAAAGAGGCUGAGAACCAAAAUCGCAACCUCUUUCAGAUGGAGAAACUCUACUUUCUGGCUAAUUACACCUGCCUGGAUGGAGCAGCAUUGGAGAAGUUUGUAAAGGUGAUUUUAGAAGCAAGGGAAAGUGGAGUGAACCCUUCAGGAAACAGCAGUAAUCCAAGUAACUGGGAUUUUGGCAGUUCUUUCUUCUUUGCAGGCACAGUUGUCACCACUAUAGGCUAUGGAAAUCUCUCACCCACCACAUACCCAGGGCAGGUUUUCUGUGUGUUUUAUGCCUUGUGUGGGAUUCCACUUAACCUAGCCUUCCUCAACCAGCUCAGCAAGUGCCUCACAGCUCAUCUGGGACGCUUGGAGCACAGGAUGAUGUCAAUGGUGCCUCACAAGCAGUGUGUAGAGGUGCUGGCGGUGGCCUUAUUCCUGCUCAUGGGCAGUCUGCUCUUCCUGAUCUUCCCACCGGUGAUCUUCAGUUUCGUGGAGGGCUGGUCAUAUGGAGAGGGCUUCUACUACACCUUUAUAACACUCAGCACUAUUGGCUUUGGAGACUACGUGGUCGGAAAUGGCCAGGACAAGCAAAACGUCUCUGUGUACCGUUGCCUAGCAGCAGUGUGGAUCAUCUUUGCCCUGGCAUGGCUUGCUCUUCUUCUCAACAUAGGCGCCAGGAUCAUGGAGCAUUUCCUCGGUCUCAAACAGCCUCCUGUGACUUCAAGAGAUGAGCAAAGGUCUUCAGUAAGGAAGCAAGAGGAGGGUCUGAGUGCACCAGAAAACCAACCCAAAGAAAAGCAGAAGGAAAAAAGCUUCUUUCAAAUCAGAAUGGAUUGAUC